AAUUACAUUUCUUUUCCCAUUCUCAUUAUCCAAGAAAGCAAAAAUGGCAGCUCUUACCGUCAUUAAACUUGUUACACUAGUGGGGAUGUUGUCUGGGUUACUGUUCGGCUCAGUUAUGGGUCAGAACUGUGGUUGUGCACCAAACUUAUGUUGCAGCCAGUAUGGAUACUGUGGUAGUGACACUCCUUAUUGUGGUCCUGGGUGUCAAUCAGGGCCUUGUUUCGGAACCAACCCUCCUAGUACCGGUGGUGGUGGUUCGGUUGGGAAUAUUGUUACAGAUGGGUUUUUCAAUGGAAUUAUUAACCAGGCUGCUGCUAAUUGUGCUGGAAAGGGUUUCUAUACACGUAAUGCAUUUCUUGAAGCAGUUAAAUCGUACCCUACUUUUGCAUCUGGAAGUGACGAAGCUGCAAAACGUGAAGUUGCGGCAUUCUUUGCUCAAGUAACUCAUGAAACUGGACAUUUCUGUUACAAAGAUGAAAUUAACGGUGCAAGCCACAACUACUGCGAUCCAAACAGUGCAGGAAAUCCUUGUACCCCCGGCGCGCUAUACUUCGGCAGGGGACCAAUCCAAUUGACAUGGAAUUUCAACUACGGACCUGCUGGAAGAGAUAUUGGUUUUGAUGGUCUUAACGCUCCCGAAACUGUAUCUAAUGACCCGAUCAUCUCGUUCAAGACCGCGUUAUGGUUUUGGACAAACAACGUUCAUCCAGUCAUGAACCAAGGGUUCGGUGCUACUACCCGUGCCAUUAAUGGUGCUUUGGAAUGCAAUGGUGGAAAUCCUGGUACAGUUCAGACCAGGGCAAAUUACUAUACCAGUUACUGCAAUCAACUGGGUGUUUCACCAGGAGGUAACCUAUUGUGCUAAGAAUCUCGAUUGGCAAUGAUAGUAAAACUACAAAAAUGUAAUCUUUAAUUUGGUAUAAAUAAAGGGAUGAAUAAGGUAAAGCCAGAAUACUGUCCUGGGCUAGAGGUUCUGGAAUUUGCAACAGCAAGCUCCUCGUCGCAUGUAUAAUUUGAAUAAGAUUUUUAACACUGAUUGAAUAAUUAAAUUUGAAUGUUCUAUGAUGCUUAAA